AUGAAUUCAGUUGUUCGGGACGUUACAGAAUUUGCGAGCACGCAAAAUAGCACAAGCUCGUUGGCGGGGCUCCAGGGUGUCGUGGAGUCCUUGCAGGCGAUUUCUUAUUGGAAGGUGUUUUUCACAGUGGUCUGCGUCGGAUUGGUAUGGGACCAAAUUUCGUACCAGAUCAAGAAGGGCAGCAUUGCGGGUCCUAAAUACAAGAUGUGGCCUGUGAUCGGCCCGUUCCUGGAGUCUCUGGACCCUAAGUUCGAGGAAUACAAGGCCAAAUGGGAUUCGGGUCCGUUAUCAUGUGUGUCCAUUUUCCAUAAAUUCGUGGUUAUCGCAUCCACCAGAGAUCUAGCCCGUAAAAUCCUUCAGAGCUCCAAGUAUGUGAAGCCUUGCGUCGUGGAUGUGGCUGUUAAAAUUUUGAGACCUUCCAACUGGGUUUUCUUGGACGGAAAGGCCCACCUCGACUACCGUAAGUCUCUCAACGGUUUGUUCACCAAGAACGCAUUGGCGCAAUACCUGGAAUCUCAAGAAAAAGUCAUGGACAAGUACAUUGAAAAGUUUAUUGAUUUUUCCGCCGACAACGAUUAUAAACCUCAGGUUUUCUUCCACGAGAUGAGAGAAAUCAUGUGCGCUUUGUCCCUCAAGGCCUUUUGUGGUGACUAUAUCACCGAGGAUCAGAUCAGAAAAGUUGCGGACGAUUACUAUUUGGUCACCGCGGCCUUGGAGCUGGUUAAUUUCCCGAUCAUUCUGCCCUUCACUAAGACCUGGUACGGUAGAAGAACCGCUGACAUGACCAUGAAGAUUUUCGAGAAGUGCGCUCAAAUGGCCAAAGACCACAUCGCGCAGGGCGGUAAGCCCGUUUGCGUGAUGGAUGCUUGGUGCCAAUUGAUGCACGACGCCAAGAAUAAAGAUGACGAAAAUUCCAGGCUAUAUCACAGAGAAUUCUCUAACAAGGAAAUCUCUGAAGCCGUGUUCACCUUUUUGUUUGCUUCUCAAGAUGCUUCUUCCUCCCUUGCCUGCUGGCUUUUCCAAAUUGUGGCCGACAGGCCCGAUGUUAUGGACAAGAUUAGGACUGAGCAACUACAAGUUCGUAACAACGACCCCUCUAAACCUCUUUCCUUGGAUCUUAUUGACGAAAUGAAGUACACUUACAUGGCUGUCAAGGAAGCACUACGUUACAGACCUCCCGUUCUAAUGGUUCCAUACAAGGUCAAGGAGAGUUUCCCAGUGACUGCAAAUUAUACUGCGCCAAAGGGUGCCAUGCUUAUCCCAACUUUGUAUCCAGCUCUUCAAGAUCCUGAGGCCUACGAAAAUCCAAAUGAAUAUAUCCCAGAAAGAUGGGUUGAGGGUUCUCCAGCCAACGAAGCGAAAAAAAACUGGCUGGUUUUCGGCUCGGGUCCUCACGUUUGUCUAGGGCAAACCUAUGUUAUGAUGACCUUCACUGCCCUUAUUGGUAAGUUUGCCAUGUAUACAAAUUGGGAACAUGAAGUAACACCACUAAGUGAGAAGAUCAAAGUCUUUGCCACUAUCUUCCCUCAAGAUGACCUAUUGUUGUCUUUUAAGAGAAGGGACCCUCUCACCGGAGCCGUUAAGGCAUGA